AUGGAAACAGUAAGCCCUUGUUCAACUCCUAAAAGAUCAAAGAGAACUUCAUUAUCAAGAACCAAAGACAGCAAAUAUAAUCCUUAUGCAGACCGUGGCCUAGACAAAUUUUCUGCACUCUUAGCCAAUCUUGAAGACAAGAAACAAAAUAUUUAUACGCAAAUGGGAUCUGAUGAUAUAUCAUUCGUUCGUUUCGUUUUCUCGAAUUCGGAUUCAGUCAAACCUAUUGUUGUCAAGUUGAAGGAUAAAAACCAAAUAUCAAGUGACGACACAGAUGAUGAUAAGCAAAUGAUCAAGAAGAAGUCGGAAUUUGUUGAUAAGCAGACUACUCACGAGGCCUCAAGUGAAAUUCAAGAACGAAAAGUUGAAUCAAAGAGAAGGAUACUGAAGAAGAAAUUUUAUAGGAAUUUGAAGUUGGCAAAUUUUAAGAAGCCAGCUUAUUAUUUGCCAUUGGCUAUAAUAUUGAUAUUGGUUUUUCUAGCUAUUUAUGGAAGGUCUUUUGCAAUAUUGUGCACCUCAAUUGGAUGGUACUUAAUUCCCAUGAUAAGAUCAAGCACAAGAAGGCCAAAAAGGAAGAAGGAAUAUGUGAGAAAGUUGAGUGCAAAAAGAGUUACUAUAAAUGAAGGACCAACUACAGAUAAAUUGCUUGCUAGGAAACAUGGCCAAAAGAGCAGCUAG